AGGCCGACGAGGAGACGACCGAGGAGACGACCGCAGAGAAGUUCGAGCCGCCCCCUCGUGCCGAGGAGGAGGAGGAAGAGAAGCCGAAGGCAGAGAAAAAGGCGGUCGAGGAGGAUGACGAUGGCUGGGAGAAGGUUGCCGAGAAGGAAGACUCCGAGAAGGAGGACGAGAAGGAGGAAGCUUCUGAGAAGGGCUCGGACGACGACUCCGAGAGCGGCUCGGGCAGCGACAGCGAGUCGUCCGGGUCGAAGGACAGCUCCAGCGACGACUCGGACCCCGGCCUCCGCUCGCCCAUCGUCGUCAUCAUGGGCCACGUGGACACCGGAAAGACCAAACUGCUGGACAAGAUCCGCAGGACGAACGUGCAGGAGGGCGAGGCCGGGGGCAUCACCCAGCAGAUCGGUGCCACGUUCUUCCCGGACAUCGCCCUGCAAGAGCAGACAAAGAAGGUCGAUCCAAACUUCGACCUCGAAGUACCUGGCAUCAUGGUGAUCGACACCCCCGGCCACGAGUCCUUCAACAACCUCCGGAAGCGCGGCUCGUCACUGUGCGACCUGGCGAUCCUUGUGAUCGACAUCAUGCACGGGCUCGAGCCGCAGACGGUCGAGUCGCUGGAGCUGUUGAAGAAGCGAAAGUGCCCUUUCGUCAUCGCGCUGAACAAGAUCGACGUAUGCUACCAGAACUCCAAGACUUACACGUGCGUGCGCGAGGCGCUCGACAGGCAGGAGCAGUUCGUGCGCGACGAGUUCCGGCAGCGGUACGACAAGGUUGUGCUGCAGCUGAACGAGCUCGGUCUCAACGUGGCGCUCUACUGGGAGAACGACGACUACCGCAGGAACAUCUCCAUUGUCCCCACCAGCGCUCUGACUGGCGAGGGCGUGCCAGAUCUACUCUACAUGCUCCUCUACCUGGCCCAAACGCUGAUGGCCUCCAAGCUGGAAGUCGAGGAGGAACUGCAGUGCACGGUCAUCGAGGUGAAGACCAUCGAGGGGCUGGGCACCACUAUCGAUGUAAUCUUGGUCAACGGCACGCUCCGCGAGGGCGACCAAAUAGUGCUCGCUGGAAUGGAUGGGCCCAUUGUGACUACCAUCCGCGCCCUCCUCACGCCGCAGCCGAUGAAGGAGAUGCGGGUCAAGAACGAGUACGUCCACCAUGCCAUGAUCAACCAGUCCAUGGGCGUCAAGAUCUGCGCCCCCGGCCUGGACCAGGCGGUUGCCGGCACCGAGCUCCAGGUGGUGGGCCCCGACGACGACCUGGAGGAGCUGAAGGAUCGGACAACGUGGACGACGAGUUCGACAGCAUCCUCAACAGCUUUGAGAAGCAGGCCGAGGGCGUGUACGUCAAGGCCAGCACGCUGGGCUCGCUGGAGGCCCUCCUGUGCUUCCUGCAGGACCGACAUGAAGAUCCCUGUCUUCGACGUGGGCAUCGGCGAGGUCUUCAAGAAGGACGUGAAGAAGGCGAUGAUCAUGAAGGAGAAGAAGCAUCCGGAGUACGCUGUCAUGUUGUGCUUCGAUGUCAAGGUCAAUAGGGAGGCGAUGGAGCAGGCCAAGACCGACGGCGUUCAGAUUUUCACCGCCGACAUCAUCUACCACCUCUUCGACAAGUUCACUGCUUACAUGGAGAAGCACAAGGAGAGUCCCAGAAGACCAGUACGCGCGCGGAGGCCAUCUUCCCUGUCAUCCUCGAGAUCGACAAGAACCACGUCUUCGCCCGAAAGGACCCGAUUGUCUGCGCGGUCAAGGUUCUGGGAGGCCAGAUACGCGUGGGCACGCCAAUCUGCAUCCCCGAGAAGGACAAUCUGGAGAUUGGGCGUGUUGCAGGAGUCGAGAAAGACAGGAAGCCCGUGCAGAUUGCCAGGAAAGGAGAAACGGUUUGCGUGA